CAGAAACAGCCGCUGCUCUAUAUCAUCUGGAAUCUCAGAGGUCACUGUUCCACCUCAGUAUUCCUCAGGGGAGGACUUUCACAAGAUACCUGGACUGCUCUGGUUGAGUCAAACAGCUAAAUUGUGAAUCUGGAGUGCAAAGAAAAAGUUACAGACUUUGAUAUUGAAGGAAAUGAAGAGAAACCUGAAUGAAAAUUCAACUCGAAGUACAGCAGGCUGUUUGCCUGUACCAUUGUUCAAUCAGAAAAAGAGGAAUAGACAGCCAUUAACUUCCAAUCCACUUAAAAAUGAUUCAGGCAUCAGUACUGCUUCUGACAGCUAUGAUUUCCCUCCUCUACCAACAGAUUGGGCCUGGGAAGCAAUGAAUCCAGAGCUGCCUCCUUUAACAAAAACAGUGAACACAGGGCAUAUGUCACAUUCAGUUUCUCAUCCCAUGAGAAGUCAGGAUUCUACAUCUAAGUCUAUUCAGUCAAAUACUGAAAGAAACAAGAGUGGUUGGAGCUACAGAGGUGGCAACAAAAAUACCAGCUUGAAAACUUGGGAUAGAAGUAGUUUUUGGCCUCAGUGCAAAAGAGCAAACCUAGUGGAAAAUGAUGGAAUAAAUUCUUGUCCAGUGAGUUCGGGAGCUCAACAACAGAAACAUUUAAGAAUAUCUGAACCUCCUAACUCAUCUCUCCAAAGAGAAACUGAAAUACUCAGACAAACACAUUCAACAAAGACAUCUGGCUCUACAAUGAGAGGUGUAGACAAAAACAGUGCAUUACAGGCAUGUAAGCCCAAUUUUCAGCAAAAUCAGUUUAAGAAAAAAAUGUUGGAUGAUACUCAAGAAGGAAGCACUCUAAAGGAAGCAUCAUUGUAUCAGUUAAAGUUUAAGGAAAAAGAUAAUUCUUUGAGAAUUAUAUCUGCAGUUAUUGAAAGCAUGAAGUACUGGCGUGAACAUGUGCAGAAAACUGUUCUUCUUUUUGAAAUACUGGCUGUUCUUGAUUCAGCUGUUACACCUGGCCCAUAUUAUUCAAAGACUUUUCUUAUGAGAGAUGGGAAAAAUACUCUGCCUUGUGUAUUUUACGAAAUAGAUCGUGAACUUCCAAGACUGAUUAGAGGCCGAAUUCAUAGGUGUGUUGGAAACUAUGACCAGAAAAAGAACAUUUUCAAAUGUGUUUCUGUCAGACCAGCAUCUGUUUCUGAACAAAAAUCUUUUCAAGCAUUUGUUAAAAUUGCAGAUGCUGAGAUGAGGUAUUAUACUAAUUUAAUUAAUGAAAUUUAAGUAGUGAUGAAAUAAGUUUAAAUAGUAUAACUUACAGCAUUUUUCUGUUAUUGUUUAA